GUGAAAUACCGGGGGCGGGUCUUCUCUGAGGAUAGUCACGCUAAAUCCCGCGAUAUUUUCUUUUGUAUAUAGUGGCGACUUGCCCUUCUACAGGCCUCUUUGAAUCGGAUUGGAGACAAAAUGUCCCACCGUAAGUUUUCGGCUCCGCGCCACGGAUCGCUGGGCUUCCUGCCCCGCAAGAGGAGUCGUCGUCACCGUGGUAAGGCCAAGAGCUUCCCCAAGGAUGACCCCAGCAAGCCCGUGCAUCUGACUGCCUUCCUGGGCUACAAGGCCGGCAUGACUCACAUCGUGCGUGAGGUCGACAGACCUGGCUCAAAGGUGAACAAGAAGGAAGUGGUUGAGGCUGUGACCAUUGUGGAGACGCCUCCCAUGAUUGUGGUCGGAGUUGUGGGUUACGUUAACACCCCCCGCGGUCUGCGUUCCUUCAAGACCAUCUUCGCUGAGCAUGUCAGCGACGAGUGCAAGCGUCGCUUCUACAAGAACUGGUACAAGUCAAAGAAGAAGGCUUUCACCAAAUACUGCAAGAAAUGGCAGGAUGAUGAGGGAAAGAAGCAGCUGGAGAAGGACUUUGCUGCCAUGAAGAAGUACUGCCAGGUCAUCCGUGUCAUUGCCCACACACAGAUGCGUCUUCUGCCCCUGAGGCAGAAGAAGUCGCACCUUAUGGAGGUGCAGCUGAACGGAGGCACCAUCUCUGACAAGGUGGACUGGGCCCGUGAGAAGCUUGAGCAGGCCGUGCCUGUCAGCACAGUUUUCACCCAGGACGAGAUGAUUGAUGUCAUUGGUGUCACCAAGGGUCACGGAUACAAGGGUGUCACCAGCCGUUGGCACACAAAGAAGCUUCCUCGCAAAACCCAUCGUGGUCUGCGUAAGGUGGCCUGUAUCGGUGCCUGGCAUCCUGCCCGUGUGGCUUUCUCUGUGGCCCGUGCUGGUCAGAAGGGUUACCACCACCGUACAGAGAUCAACAAGAAGAUCUACAAGAUUGGCCAGGGCUACCACAAUAAGGAUGGAAAGCUGGUGAAGAACAACGCCUCCACAGAGUAUGAUCUGUCCAACAAGAGCAUCAACCCCCUGGGUGGCUUUGUCCACUAUGGAGAGGUGACCAAUGACUUCGUCAUGGUGAAGGGCUGUGUUGUGGGGACCAAGAAGAGGGUGCUGACUCUGCGCAAGUCUCUGCUGGUGCAGACAAGCCGCCGUGCCUUGGAGAAGAUCGACCUCAAGUUCAUCGACACCACCUCCAAGUUUGGUCACGGCCGCUUCCAGACUGUGGAGGAAAAGAAGGCGUUCAUGGGACCACUCAAGAAGGACCGUCUUGCCAAGGAAGAGACUGCUUGAAGUCGCUGUCCUGUACCAAUGUCUCUGCUGCAUUGACUGUCACCAUCAUAACUGUAACUCUGCAGAGUUAUUUAAUAAAAACCAAAACCCAAA